GGAAGUGGUCCCGCACGCGCAGACAGCUGAUCCGCUCGCGCUGACAGCUGCGCUAUUUGCGGCCGAGCGGCGACCAGACGUCCUCCGGACUGCGCGAAAUGGCUUCAGGCGACGGUAUCCGGAUCCCGAGCCGCCUGCCGCUGCUGCUGACCCACGAAGGGGUGCUGCUCCCGGGCUCCACGGUCCGCCUGAGCGUGGACUCCCCGCGGAACAUGCAGCUGGUGGGCCAGCGGCUCCUGAAGAGGAGCUCGCUGAAGAGCACCAUCAUCGGAGUGAUUCCCAACACCAGAGACCCCGAACACGACUCCGACGACCUCCCCACGUUGCACAAGAUCGGGACGGCCGGCAUGGCGGUUCAGGUGGUGGGCAGCAACUGGCCGAAGCCCCACUACACGCUGCUCAUCACGGGGCUGUGCCGCUUCCGGGUGGAGCAGCUGGAUAAGCUGGAGCAGUACACGGCGCCGGAGGCGGGGGGCGCCCUGGAGGCGGGCGGGGAGCUGCAGGAGCUGUCCAGCAACUUCUACCAGGCCGCCCUGCAGACGCUGCCCGACGUGGUGGCCUCCAUGAUCCGCACCUCCAACCAGGAGAAGCUGCAGGUGCUGGACGCGGUGAGCCUGGAGGAGCGUUUCCGGAAGGCGCUGCCUCUGCUGACCCGGCAGAUCGAAGGACUCCGGCUGCUGCAGAAGACCAGGAGGGCCAGCCCCGACAACGAGAAGCGGGUUUUAUCGGUGCGUAAGGGCGGCGUCUUUCCCGGCCGGCAGUUUGGCCUGGACGAGGAGGACGAGGAUGAGGACGGGGACGAGGCGGCGGCCCUGGAGAGGAAGGUCCUCGGCGCCAACAUGCCCGAAGCUGCACACAAAGUGUGUCUGAAAGAGCUGAAGAGACUGAAGAAGAUGCCUCAGUCCAUGCCUGAAUAUGCCCUGACCAGGAACUACCUGGAGCUCAUGGUGGAGCUGCCCUGGAGCAGAAGCACCAAAGACUGCCUGGACAUCCACGCCGCCCGCACCCUCCUGGACAACGACCACUACGCCAUGGACAAGCUGAAGAGGCGCACCAGUGUGGGCCGCUCCAUCGCCAGGACUCUGGGCCGGGAGUUCCAGCGCAUCGCUCUGGGGGGCGUCUGCGACCAGUCCGACAUCCGGGGCCACAGGCGGACCUAUGUGGGCAGCAUGCCCGGCCGCAUCAUAAACGGCCUGAAGACGGUGGGGGUCAACAAUCCCGUCUUCCUCCUGGACGAGGUGGACAAGCUGGGGAAGAGCCUGCAGGGGGACCCGGCCGCGGCGCUGCUGGAGCCCCUCUGUGGCCGUAACCCUGUGGGGAACCCCUCCAGUCCAGUGCGCUCAGCCCUCUGCCCCCCACAGGUCCUGGACCCGGAGCAGAACCACAGCUUCACAGAUCACUACCUCAACGUGGCCUUUGACCUUUCCCAAGUGCUCUUCAUCGCCACGGCCAACACCACGGCCACCAUCCCGCCGGCGCUGCUGGACAGGAUGGAGGUGCUGCAGGUUCCAGGCUACACGCAGGAGGAGAAGGUGGAGAUCGCUCAGCGCCACCUGAUCCCCACCCAGCUGGAGCAGCACGGCCUGACGCCCCAGCAGCUGCACCUGCCCCCCGACAGCACGCAGCACAUCGCCUGCAGGUACACCCGGGAGGCCGGCGUGCGCUCGCUGGAGAGGAAGAUCGGGGCCGUCUGCCGGGCCGUGGCCGAGGCUGCUGUUAGACCACGUGGUGCCUUCAGGGCCGUCUCUGUGUCUGAGCUGAGCUCUGAAACAGCCUCUGCCCCGCCCCCAGAUGGAGCCACGCCCCCAGACGGAGCCCCGCCCCCGGAGCUGCCCAUCGUCAUCGACCCCGCCGCCCUGAGGGACAUCCUGGGGCCCCCCCUGUUCGAGCUGGAGGUGUCGGAGCGGCUCACGCUGCCGGGCGUGGCGCUGGGCCUGGCCUGGACGCCGCUCGGCGGCGAGAUCAUGUUCGUGGAGGCCAGUCGGACGGAGGGCGAGGGCCAGCUGACUCUGACCGGCCAGCUGGGGGACGUCAUGAAGGAGUCCGCCCACCUGGCCAUCAGCUGGCUGAGAGCCAACGCCAAGACCUACCAGCUGACCAACAUGGCGGGGAGCCCGGACCCUCUGGAGGGGACGGACAUCCACCUGCACUUCCCCGCCGGCGCCGUCACCAAGGACGGCCCCUCGGCCGGCGUUACCAUAGUGACCUGCCUGGCCUCGCUGUUCAGCGGCCGGCUGGUCAGGUCGGACGUGGCGCUGACGGGGGAGAUCACGCUGAGGGGGCUGGUGGGGGGGAUCCGGGACAAGGUGCUGGCGGCCCACCGGGCCGGCGUCAAGCGGGUGGUCAUCCCCCGCCGGAACCAGCAGGACCUGGACGAGCUGCCCGCCAACGUCCGGGCCGACCUCGACUUCGUCGCCGCCGGCAACCUGGACGAGGUGCUCAACGCCUCCUUCGACGGAGGGUUUCCCACGGUGACCGGCGUUCAGGCGGUCCACGGGCUGAGCAGCAAGCUGUGACCCAUCCGGUUCAGGUCUCAGCCGGGUUCAGGUCUGGGUCCAGGUCCGG